AUGGACGAUCUAAAGACAGCCACAACUGUCCGCUCUGCUGGAGGAAGAGGAGGAGGAGGAGGAGGAGGUGGCAGAGGGGAUGUUUUUCUGAGUGCAGGAGGGUCAGGUGAGAGAGUCGCAUCAGGAGGCUCGAGCAGCACUGUUAUGUUCACGUCAAGCGGCUCCUCUGGACCGGGAGGCCACAGCAUCUCAACUCAGGGAGCCUCCUCUGCCGUGUCCUCCGGUGGAGGGAGGUCAGCAGCCUCGGGGGGCUCAGGGGUAGUGUUCAGGGCCGCUGGAGGAGGGUCCUCCAGCGUGUCCUCCAGCGUGUCCUCCAGCGUGUCCUCUGCGGUCACGAGCGGUGGCAGAGAAGGAAAAGGGGAUGGGGGUCUAGGUGCGGUGACGGUUUCGCAGGUGACCAAGGCCAGCUAUGACCCGGGAGGAUCCUGGGAAGCGAGGAGUGGACCGUCUUCCAAUGUCGCUCAUUCAUCUGCUCCGAAAGAGAAGAGCAUGAGCACCAGCACGAACAACGGCACCAGCAACGGCAUGAGCAACGGCACCAGCAACGGCACGAGCAACGGCAUGGCAGCGGCUCACUCAGAUGUCUUUUACGACAGUUCAAGCACCGACUCCUCUCCACAGUACAACAGGAAGAAGUACGGCUCUUCAAGCACAACUUCUAGUUCUGCCACCAGAGGUAGAACUCAGAGCAGAGAGAGUGAGAUCAGAGCCCGGCUGCAGAGCGCCUCUCCCCCAGCGAGCUGGACGGAGCUGGACGACGUGAAGCGCCUGCUGAGAGGAGACCGCUCCGCCGGCACCGGCCUCACACCGCCCUCCAACAACACGCUGCCCAUCCCCAAGAAGGCCAGCGUGGACACCAGGACCAUAUCCGAGAGCUGCGGCACAGACCAAUACGGCAGCGUUUGGUCCGGAGGCGUGAGCAGUGGCUACAGUUACAACACCAACCACAUCAACCAGUCCUCCUCCUCCACCCUUUCCCCAUCAGGCGUUCGGAACAACCUGACACUCAGCUCCUCCUCCAUGAACGGUGGACCGACUGCUGCCAGCACUGGUCCAGUGUAUGGUGUUCAGAAUAACCUGGCCAGCACCGGUCCUAUGGACUUCUCUCCAGCUGGAACCAACCCACACAUAGGUUAUGGGGUGCAGAAGAACGUAUCUGUCCCCGGGAUCGGCACCACUACAGUGAGACCCAGCAGUCCCGCUAGUGAUGACCCCUCGGGCAGAGACUUUAAGUGUGUGCUGAUAGAGAAGGAUAACGUUGACGUUAGGAAGGAGGCAGAGCGGAUGGUGAUGACCAAAGACACGGGGAAGCAGUUCAUGUCUGCUGGUCUUGCUUCUGCUGCCUACUCCGUGGACUCCCUACAGAGAGAGAAGCAGCGGCUGUCUUCCAGCAGAGUGGAGGCAGGAACGGAUGCUCAAUCUGCAACCCUAAAAGUUGCCACAAAAGACAAAGCCACCUAUGCAGAGAUCGGUAAAGAAGGGUCACCCUUCAGCUUCUGCUCCUGCUGCAGCUGGUGGAAGUGGCUGCUCGGCCUCCUCCUCAGCCUGCUCCUCCUCCUCGGCCUCCUCUUUGGACUCAUCGCUUUGGGUGAGCAGGUGAAACGGCUGCAGAACCGCGUUGACGCUCUGGAGGCCAUCACCGGCACCGCGUCAGCCCGGACCAGCCGACUGUCGGCCUCCUCCGGGAUCAACGUGAUCGACCCUCUGGACGCAUCAUACAUCGACAGCAGCUCCUCCGGGGCCACCCUGACCCGCUCCGGCAACGGAAUCAACCUGGGGGCUGCUGGGCCGGGGGGAGGCGCAGGGAGCGGACCGGGACAGGACGGCGCUGCCCUGCAGCGAGCCGUGCAGCAGCUGGUCCGGGCCGAACUCCGCUCGGAUGCUGCGAGAGAUACACGUGCAUACUCAAUAAAAGGAGAGAGAGGAGAUCCAGGACCUCAAGGCGAACCAGGGCUGCUCGGAAAAAAAGGUGACAGCGGAUUUCCUGGCCUGCCAGGCCCCCCUGGGCAGACGGGACACUCAGGAUUGGAUGGACCGAGAGGUCCAAAGGGAAGUGAAGGUGAACCGGGUUCUGGGGGACCACCGGGUCAGUGGGGCCGUGACGGGCCGAUGGGCCCCCGGGGUGAGGCUGGACCGCCAGGCUUUGGAGAGAAAGGAGACAAAGGCGAGGCAGGACGUUCAGGGCCUGCUGGUGCUGCUGGUCCUGUGGGGCCGAAAGGCGCCAUGGGAGAGGAGGGUACCUCAGGAAGCCCCGGUCCAAAGGGCUUCCAGGGAGAUGCAGGAGCACCAGGAGCUAAAGGUGAUCGAGGAACACCGGGGAUGCCAGGAACCAAAGGGGAACAGGGAGAGAGGGGACCGCGUGGGCCAGCAGGUGAACCUGGACAACAUGGACCAGCAGGACCUGCUGGACAAAAGGGAUCUAAAGGAAUUUCAGGUGACACGGGUUCGAUGGGACUUCCUGGACUGAGAGGACUGCCUGGUCCCCCAGGUAGGCUCCUCCCACCACACAGCAGCACGCCGGUUGUCAUGUCAUCCGUUACGUGUCUCAGAUAUUAUCUGAGGACCAACGGAAGUUUAUUUUCAAUACAAUACUGGAAUGAAAAUGUUUCUUUGAUGCAAAGCAUUAUGAGGCAACCAGGAUCACCUGGUAAAGUCAUCGCUCCCACUGGCUCCAACACUGUGGCCAUCCCCGGGCCUCCAGGGCCUGCUGGUACCCAUGGUCUGUCUGGACCCGUCGGCCCCGCUGGGGUCCCAGGACAACCUGGCUCUAAGGGAGAACGAGGAGAGAAAGGAGAAAAGGGACAGCAAGGAAAACCUGCUGAGUCUGGGAGUACCGGGUCAGAACCGACCGGCGCCCACGCCGACAGUGAGUACCUCUCUAGUUCUAUUACGGAGAGCCGGCCCGGCCCACCAGGACCCCCAGGGCCUCCUGGAGCAGCUGGUGCUCAAGGCCCUCCUGGUGAAAUUAAACAGGGACCUCCAGGACGCAGAGGACCUGCUGGAGAGCCAGGACUUGGUUCACCUGGACCUCCGGGGAGGCCCGGCAGCUUUGUGCCGACCUCAGAAACCUUUUUCGCCGGCCCACCAGGACCCCCCGGCCCACAGGGCUCAGCAGGCACCCAAGGACCCCAUGGGUACCAAGGGGAACCAGGUCAACCGGGCCUUCCAGGGAGUCCCGGGCAGCCUGCUCUUGGUUUCCCAGGCCAGCCUGGACCCAGGGGGUCUCAGGGGCCAGAGGGGCCACGAGGACCUAAAGGCUAUGCAGGAGACCGUGUGGCCCCCGACGGUGGCUCGUUGAGUCCUGGAGCCCCAGGCCGACCUGGACCACCUGGAAGAGAUGGGAGUGGAUCUGGAUCAACGGAUGUGGGCCAGUACAUCGCACAGUACCUUCAGAGCGACGCAGGAGCACCCGGGGUCUCCGAUGGUGGAUCAAUCAGUCCUGGAGCCCCAGGCCCACCUGGACCACCAGGAAGAGAUGGCAGUGGAUCUGGAUCAACGGAUGUGGGCCAGUACAUCGCACAGUACCUUCAGAGCGACAUCCGCCAGUACCUGGCUGGACCUGCUGGUCCUCCCGGUCCACCUGGGGCCACAGGGAGUGCAGGGGACAGGCCGGUGGAGGAUUUGGCCAACCAAGUUCUGGCCUACAUCCAGAGUCCAGGAUAUGAUGGGACUUCUGGCCCUGCUGGACCCCCAGGUCCACCUGGCACCAUCUCUGUCAAUGACAUUAUCAACUUACUCCAACGAGAGGACGUGAGGAGAGACCUUGCUGGUACUGCUGGUACUGCUGGUCCCCCUGGACCUCCUGGAGCUCCCGGCAGCGAUGGGUUCAACACCCAGGAUGUGGCCGACCGCGUCCUCACCCUCAUGAAUGAGAGGGGGGCGGUUGGUGUCCCUGGACCACCUGGGCUCCCGGGGCCUCCUGGAAACGUGGUAUCAACUGGAUACCAAGCAGUUCCUCAGGGGCCUCCUGGUUCCCCUGGUCCACCUGGUCCCCCUGGACCCGAGGGCCCCCCCGGUGGGACCCGGGGCCUGGUGUCCUACGCCGAGCAUGCCCACCGAGAGAGGCUGAGAGCACAACAACAACAACAUCGUCGCCUCAGAGAGGACGGCGUGAGAGACGCUCUGUUUGGACUUCCUGGGAGGCCAGGACCUCCUGGACCACAAGGACACAAGGGAGAGCCAGGUGUACCUAGCGCCAGAGACCGGAGCCUGGAGCCUGGAGCCGACUCCGACGUGGCUGUCCAAGUCACGGAUUACAUCAAAUCCCGCGGCCUUCUGCACGACAUCGUGAGGGAAUACAGCAGUCGGGUUUUCCAAGGACCUCCGGGACCGCCCGGCCCCGCAGGCCCCCCUGGUCACAGCCGCUGGUCCGGUUCCAGUGGAAACGCCACCGAUCUGCUGGGUUACAUCAAAUCUCACGGUCUGCUGCGUGACGUUGAUCGGAACCACAAUGAACGGGCCAUCCAGGGGCCGCCGGGACCACCCGGCCCACCCGGAAACAGCCGACUGUUAGAGUCCCACGCAAAUGUCACCGAUUUAGUGGAAUACAUGAAAACGCAUGGAGCCAUUGUGGGGUCGCCGGGGAGACCAGGAUACAAAGGGGACACGGGAUACCCGGGGCCAAAAGGAGAGAGAGGUGAACAAGGCCGUCCUGGGCGAGAAGGACAGACGGGACAGAAAGGCGACAGAGGAGAUGUCACCAUGACGACCAACAGGAGGCGGGAUGUCGGCGUCUGAUUCACGCGACUGAACGAUGGAACCUCGAGAGACAAUCCUGUUUUAUACGGAGGUCGUGUGUAAAGUACUGAAACACAGCGGAUCUGUUCCUAUUUCUGAUUUGCGAUUACAUUUUUUUUCUCUCUUCCUUAAUGUCCGCUGUGCUGUGAAAACCAGGUGUUUAUUAAUACGAGCUGGUUUGUGAUCCACUGCACCGAGGGCUGACCUCUUUUCAUUUGGGGGGGGGGGUCUCUUAUCUUUUUAUACUCAUCUGCAUUUUAUAAUUCAAUUGUGUUUUGCUUAGUUUUUUGAAGUAGCUUUAAGCCUUUGGGACUGAUAGUUGCACAUGUAUCACACCAGAGACCGCACACAAUCACAGGACAGAGACACACUGGUUUAUUUACAGCACAAUGACCAAUAACAUUACAGCUAUUCUAAAAAGAAGAAAAAAAGACGACUUCUUUUUUUCUGCAUAAUGAUUGUGAUAUGGGCAUCAUUGUUUUCCAAUUAGAAUAUCAUCUGUUACUCAUUGCGUGUCGAAUCGAGCCAACAGAACAAGCACUUAAUCCUGAAUGCUGCAUUUAAUAUAAAUAACGAGGGAGAAAGUUCUGGAAAAGGUGCACAGCACCCCAACGGAAUGUUUUGUACUCCAGUUAGUUCCGGCUAUUAAAUACCUUUGACUAGAUCAUCGUAAAGAAAAAAAGAGGACUAGAUGAACCAAUCACAAGUCAAGAUGGCCCAGACCAGUCAUGUCCAAUUCGAAUGCGACGUCACAAUCGACCAGCCUGAAUAAAGGAAAUGCCGAGAGCUCA